AGAUGUUUCAACUAAUGGUACCCCAUUUGGUCCAGCCAGAAAACGCAGAAAAGGAAUAAACAUUUUGCGACCUCCUAUGUUUAAUCCCGAUACUGCCUCGGGAAGCUCACCGCCAAUAUUUGGAUCGGAUACUUCUACUCCACAGUUCAACGUUAUAAAGUCACCACUUCUUGGCACGUCACCUAGCCAAAGUUCAAUAUUUAAUAGGCCUAGUGUUUUUGGCUCAUUUGGUGAUUCUGAAAAAGGUAGUUUGGAUGUUUCAACUAAUGGUACCAUCUCCUGUUCCUCAUUUGCCGCAGCCAGAAAAGGACCAAACAUUUUUCUACAAUCUACAUGUAGUCCCAAUGCUGCCUCGGAAACCACAGUGCGAGUGUUCGGAUCGGAUACUUCCACUUCACAGUUCAACGUUGUAAAAUCACCACUUUUUGGCAAUGUGCCAAGAAAAAAUUCAAUUUUUCUUAGGCCUAGUGUGUUUAGCUUGGCUGAACGUGAAAAAGAUAUGGAUUUGAAACGGUCCUUCAAUUCCUUCGGAGUAUGUAAGUAAUUCAAUUGUUUUUAU